GUAAUAGACAUGGAUGAAGUUCUCCCAGCAACGAUUCUUUUAUUUAACCCCCUUGAAAUCUGUGAUCAGAAUAUAUUGGCCUAUUUACAUCAAAUCUGGGCAUGUGAGUAUACAUACAGAUUAAGCGGGCAAGUUUCUAGAGCGUGUGGGUGUUUUGAUGUGCCCCCAAUGUGCCCUUUGCCCCCACCAAGUCUCUAUACCAUGAUUCUAGCAUGCCUUCUUGGAGUUUUCUUUUUCUGCCGUCCGUUCAAUAACAUGGUACACAGAGAUACGUGGUGGACCUUGAGUCGAUAUAUCGCGGUGAUCUGCAAAUAAAAACCCACCUAUAAGAGCAAACAAAACCUCUCAAAGAUCAUUCACUCUAGGUUUGGACCCCUUUUGUUUUGGGUACUUCGACUCACCUCGUGAUAUAUGUAACAUCGUCUUGUUCUGCAACACAGAACUUGCGGCUAUUUCCUUCUGUAUGGUCCAUUAUAAUCGUUCUUUGGAGUCUUGUGAAUGUUUAGUGUUCCUGAAUAACUUGCUUCAUCAUGGCUGACAUGAAGGUAUGGACAGUGUUACUGGUCCUGAUAUCUUUUCAUGGAAACUCUGACAGUCAAACUGAUAUGUUUACCAUGACCAUGACGACGGAUAUAGGUACACCACCACCAACAAAUAGCACCCCACCUCCCCCUCCCCCGCCAUCAAUUACACCACCCCCACCACCACCAUCUUCUACACCAGAACCUCCUGUUACAACAAGAACCCCGCCACCACCCCCUCCCCCAUCUCCACCUCCACCCCCACCAUCAUCUACCAUUCCCCCAUCGACCACUCCUAGUCCUCCUACCACAAUGACCACGCCCACAAGGAGAAGUCUUACUACCACCGUUGCCAUGACUACUCGACUAAUCGAACCAACUCGGCAGACCACUCGACAGAGGACCGAACCUCCUGUGUCCGUCGAACCAAACCCUGUCGCUGAAUCUCUUGGAAAGAUUGGUGUCUUGUUAGCCACAUCGCUAGAUGAGUUUAACAGAGCCCAAUUCAAGGAGGUUAUAGCGCGGGAAGUCAACAACUAUUGUUCCGAAUUCGCAGGUCAAUGUGUUGGUGAAGGAAAAACUGUAAGCGCCAUAAAUGUGGUGAUUGUCAAUGCCGAACCAUAUGAAGUUCAGGUAAAUGACGCUAGACGUAAGCUCCUCCAGGAGCAGGAGAUCCUGGUGGAGUAUUACGUGCAGGAUCCAAUCUUAUCUACCAACGUCAUGAUGACAACAGAGCAACAACGAUCCUUCCUCGCUAAUGAUGACGUCGAUGACGCCUUAAAGACUGACAUCAGUGGUUACACUGGUAUUGCACCUGUCUAUGCCGAUCCCGUGAAUGAUGAGGGACUAGAAGGUUGGGAGAUAGCUCUCAUUGUUAUAGGAUCAGGGGCUGCAGCGGGACUCGUGGUUGGAGCUAUAUACUACCUCAAUUAUACCAACAAAUCCAAGAGCGAUGAGUUAGAUGUGGAACUACAGGAGAAGAAAUCAAAUCUAACGGAACAGCAGACUGGAAAUGAUUAUUCUGCGGUUGUAACCACGAAUGGUUUGGACCAACCAAAGACGGAAACCAAGAAAAAACCUCCCGCGGACGAAGCUAAUGUUGCUACACAGGUGAAGUACAAAGAUAUACUGAUUGAAACAGGGUAUGAAGCAGUAGAAGGGAACACUCCAAAGGAAGCUAAUAAGAUUGAUGAAAGACCAAACGGAGGAACAUCAGUGGUAGUGACUGCUGAGAUUUCAUCAUCCUCUUCCGGCUCUUCCACGCCAUCGGACACCGAGCUAGAUGCUACGGCAGAAGAUAAGCAAGAGAUCCCACCAGACUAUGAGCCACCACCACCCAUAGCUGAUAAUAAAGACGAUGAGGAUCAACUUUCCAAGAAAGAAGAAGCCGAGGCCGUGAAUGAGUUAGACAAGCUCAUCGAUUCUCAAGCACAGGAGCUAACAGUCAACUCAGUAGAGUUUCAGAAUCCAGGGUUUGAUGCAUCUCCCGAAAACUGAAUGGAGUUAAUGACGUUAAUAAUUGAAUACAAGGACAUAAAAAGGCGCUGGAAAAACAACUUUGACAGAACAUUUAUCAAAACUGAUUAGAUACUUAAAUAUCAUAAUUGUUUCUCUUUAAUAAGGAUCAUUCUCUAACUCCUCUUGGGUAGGUGAUAUUAGUUUGUUUAAUCAAUCAAAAUGAAUUACUGCUACCAAUAUUAUCAUCAUCAUUGCUUAUUGUUAAUUCAGUUGUCCACAAAAGUGGUUCACAGGUGGUAGGCCUGAAUUCUUUCUCACCCUCCCUCCCUCCCCCCUCUUUCUCUCUCUCUUUCCAUGUUUCCUCAUUUCUAUCCCUCUCUCUCUCUCUUACCAUCUUAAUCGCCAGUUCAUUGAACCAUGAAUCAAUAUUCUCAAGCUACACAGAAAGAAACAAAUCAAAUAUUAGCAAGGCAUUUGUCAACUUAUUUUAAUUUCCAUUUUAAUAUACUAUAUAUACCCAUACAGACAUUAAUCUUGUUAUUCUGUAGUUACAUUCUUUCUUUUCAUUUAGCAUCAUAAUAAUGAAUGGUUUAUAAUGUGUUAUUAUGUGUUAUGUGAUAUUAAUAAAUGAUUAGCGUCUUUAUAAAAUUCAUAAUCGUUUUGAUGGAGUAUACGUGAAAGCGAAGGGGCUUUAAUACUAAAAGUAAUUCUUGUAUAGGAUGCAAGCUAGCCCCCGUGUUUUAGUGUCUAGUGCCGACCAAACUUAUUUUUAGCGUACAAAAUUCCAAUUAUGAUGUUUGUACGAAGAUAUUUUUCCUUUUGUUAAUAAAACAUAUCUGUCGAAUAUAUGAUCAUUAUUAGUUGUGAGCCUAGAUAUUGUGUUUCUUCUCGCAAAGUCCAUCAUGUUUACUUAAGAUAAUGUCUAAUGAUUUCACGUUAAUAACUCAUUAAGGUAAUGACAGUUCAUAUACUAUUAUUUUUUACUCCAUUUGUGUUGAAUAUACAAAUUAAAAAUAUAUAAUUUCCUGCA